GCAAAUAAUGAAAUCAGGCAAGUAUACUGUAAACAAAGUUACUAAAGGAACAACUGGAUCACAAACAGAGAGACUCUGGCAGGAUGAAGGAAAAGCUAGAAUGUGCAGAGGAAGCAGGUGUUUGGUGUUGAUGACAGUGUGUCUCGGGCUCAUGUGUGUUCUUCUGCUGGUCUUCAUCACACUGCAGCACAUCUGCAUCACAGCAGAGAGAGACCUGUUACAGAGUUACAAGAACACAGUUGAAGAGUUCAAUCACACUAUCAACAGCUUACAGGACAAGAACACUGAUCUAAUGACUGAAAAAGACCAACUGAAGAACAACUUCAACUCUUUGAGUCAGAAGAAACUGGAGCUGGAGACCAGAGUCAAUGAUCUCAGUGCUGAGAAAAGUCAGUUACAGAAAAGUUUUAACUCUUUGAGUCAGAAGAAACUGGAACUGGAGACUGAACUAGGGAAGAUAUCUACACAAGUUCCCUGCUACAACUACACUGUGCUGGACAAUCCAUGGAGAUCCAUCAAUAAUACACACAUCUACUCCUCCUCCUCCUCCUACAACUGUGACGCGUUUAUCUCCUGGAGCGGCUGGUAUCGUCUCUUCAUUAACAACACUAGCGCUCGUAUCCCAGACACGUGUGUUGCUCAGGACAGUUGUGGCACUGAUAUCCCACUGUGGAUCCGUGGUGGACACCCUACAGUAACAGAUGGAGUCGUCACUCGAGAUGUCUGCGGUCACUAUGGCAGUUACGCUGGGAGUUACUGCUGCUAUUUCGGGUAA